CUCGUCGAGCUGAGCCCCUCCAGCACGAACCGCUUCACCCAAAAGUCAUCGGCGUCGCGCCACUGUUCUUCGCAUCCAUCCCGCGUUCCGCCGAGGAAGAGGGGACAGCGGUAAGGCUGAAACCCUAUGAGUACCAAUGGUCGCGGAUCCACCUCCCGGCUCAAGCUCGACUUCCUCCCCUCACGAGACUUACCCCCGCUUAGACGCGCCGCUGCUACUAUCUCGAGUCAAGGCGACAAUGCGGGCGAGAAGAUCCGCGCCGGGCUCGAAGCGCUGGAGAAGGCGCUGGGUCUAGGCAGAGAAGAGGAGGUGCGGCUGAUGAUCGACGAGCAGUCGACGCAAAGCAGAGACGAGGAAGACGAUUCGACGGCUCACGACUUGGAGCACCGCUUUGCACACUCGUGGCUCACUCGCAUCGUCUCGGGCGAGGUACCGGGGCUAGAAGAUGAGGAUCAAGAUCGAGCCGCAAGGGCCCUCGCAGCGCUGUGUGGUCGACCCGCGUCAGAAGCGCAGAUCACCGCCUUCCUCUUUUGCACGGCGGACGCAAUCGUGGCGCGGACGAGGAUAGGAGACGUACCCAUUACGGCGGACGCGCUGGGCAAUCGUACGUGGGGGGCGGCGCCGCUGCUGGCGCGCAGGCUGGUGGGCAGGUACGUGCGGGAGGGAGAGAGAGCGCAGCGAGUGCUUGAGCUAGGCGCGGGCACGGGGUUGGUAGGGCUGGCUCUGGCGGCGCUCCGUAACACGCACGUCGACCUCACAGAUCAUCACCCGCACGUCUUGGCCAAUCUCGAGGCCAACGUCAAGCUCAACGACCUGAGCGAGGUCGCUGGAGUGUAUCGACUCGAUUGGCAGGCCGUGCAUGGAGCACAACCCCACUACACAUCAACAGCGCAGACACUACCGGCGGACGUGCCGACCUCUGCCCCCUACCUCUCCCCGCUCCCCGCUGGCGAGCGCUACGACACCAUCAUUGCGGCCGACUGCAUCUACGACGUCCACCACCCGGUCUGGAUUCGCUCAGUAGCGCAGCGCUAUCUUACGCAGAACGGCGUCCUUCAUCUCAUCACUCCUCUGCGCGAGACACACAAGGCGGAAGUUGAGGCGAUCUAUGGUGCGUUUCCGCGGGAGGGCGAGGGGCUCUGCAUUACGUGGGAGGGAGACGAGGUGGGAUACGACGAUUUCGGGCCAAGAUCGCUGGGCGGGGGGCAGAGAGGAUUGAGGACCACGUACCGCAGCUUUGAGAUCCGGUGGCAAGGCGACGUGCAUACUUGACUUGCAAUUCAGGGUUGGCUCUUGCGUCUCUACUUUGCUCUCAUUGCCGCGCGUGUCUUACAGCUUCGCUUCUCUCGGCGACGCCUGCUUCUCGCCCAACAACACGACAUUCACCGUAAUGUCAUCGCGGUACCGCCUUGCAUCGCCCGCCGGUAUAGCAAGGUAGGCAUUGACGCGCUGAGCCCCUCCUCCGCCGAGCGCGUUGCGUACGAGGUGCGUUGCGAGAUUCUCGUCUUGGAACGCAAACACUUGCUGGCCUUGAGCACGAGCGAGCGGGUGGUGCGACGACGAGAGGACCGCCUGCUGGUCGCUGAUCGCAGGUGCCGCUGCCUUGCCGAAGACCUU